AGGAGACCAGUGAAGCAUAACGAAGAAGCGCUAUACUAUUUUAAACAGAACAAGCCUUGUUGCUGCGGCUCUGACUGCAGAGAGCACCGCUUCCUGAUCUAUUCUCAUUUUGCCAUGCUUGCAGCGCCGGACUUGCGCCUCCUGAUGACUUUCAAAUGGAUAACCCGAAGAUCCGACUGGAUAAUCUUCAUAAUUGUAUUUGCAGAGUUUUCAUAUGCAACCAUUAUAUUAAAUGGAACUGUGGGGACAUUAAUUACACUAAGGCCUACUACACCUCUUCCUGAAGUAGAGGCUGAAAUAACAUGGAUGAAAAAUGACGGUACUAUUGCUACCAACACACAAGGUGUAAUAUUAGAUAAAUUAAAGGACAGAAUAAACCUGACCACCAAUGGCUGGACUUUAACAAUCAAACAUCUCAAGAAGGAGGAUGGUGGAGUUUACAAGCGUAUUGCCAUUCCAUCAGCAGGAGACCAGAUUCCAACUAUUGUUAUUGAUCUUCAGGUGAUUGACUUACCAGUAAUAGUAUUCAAUGUUUCAAAAUGGAGAGAGGAAGGAACCUGCAAAAUAAUUUUGCAGUGCAACACAAAUAAUGUUACAACCACAAAUCACACUUGGAUAAAGAAUGGAGAAAUUAUAACUCAUGGGCAGAGUGAGAAACUGGAAAUGUCCUUGUAUCCUGGAGACAAAGAUAUUAAUUUCACCUGCCUGGUCUCCAGUCCUGUAAACAAUGCAACAGCAUCCAUCCUCGAGAGUUGCAAAGGUGACUUCAACUUGGUUAUCAUCAUAUCUGGAAUUGGUGCAUUUAUUGUAAUAUUAAUCAUAAUUCUAGUGUUUUGCAUAAAGAAAAAGAAAAAAGCUCAGCAAUUUGAGAACAAACCUGAAACUCUCUACGCAGUAGUCAACAAAAGGUCUGCUCCAGUUUCUGAGGUGGAUAUGCCACAGUGUCCAACAAUAUAUGAUAUAGUGAGGAUGGAAAGAAAUCAGAUUCAGAACUGAGAAAUAUUUGGGCAUACUGAUUACUAAGUAAUAUCUUUGGAAAGAAAGUGCAAAGGCAACAUAUUGAAAUCAAAAAGAGUAAAAUGAACUAUGCAAUAUUCAGCAUGGAACAGAUUAUUUAUGAAGCCUCUGUUUUACAUUUUUGGUAAUGCGAUUCUUAUAGCAACAUGAAAUGAAAUGAUUUUGUAAUAAAUGUGUAGGACAUCCCAGAAGACUGAAGUAUGAAUAGCACAUUUGGGUAAAUCAGUCUUAAUAUAUUAUUUUUUACUUUAAUUGAUUAUAAUUAACUAUUCCUUUAACUAGGGAAAUUUAUGUGCAAAAUAUUAAAAGAAACCAUGGAAAUGUUUAUUGCAUUCAAAUACUUGUUAUGUUUUAUAUAACAAAACCUUUGCAGUAAUGAUUGUUUUGCAAUGCUGAGCUGCUUUGUAAAGACAGUAAUUUAUUAAUUAAUAUUCAUUCUCUGUUAAGUGAUGCUUAAUUAUUAUUAAUAAUUAUAAUAAUAUCUAUCUGCGCACAGAUCUACUGUGACAGUAACCUAGGAUUAAACACUUAGUCCCUAAAGCUGUCAUAGUGUGGGAUUUAAUUUUG